AUGCCGGCCUUCAGCCUCGCUUCGCGACUUGCCAACAGUCCACAGUCGGUGCAUGGUGUUGUGGCUGAGGCCAAGCUCACCACGGAAGAAGAUGAGGAGGUCUCGGGUGAAUCUGUAUCUGUGGCGAUGUCUAAGCAAUCGAGUAUUGGGGAGAAGCCUUUCGAACAUGACGUGCUCGAGGAAGCGCCCAAGAUCCAUCAAGUGGAGGCCGAGGUCGAGCAGGUCAACGUUCAGGCGGAGGCUGUGGAGGAGGGAGAGGCACAGAAAGAGCCAUCUGGGGAGCAGGCUAAAGCUGUCUCGGAGCCGGGUUCCGAGCCCAACACACCCCUCUUCCAGUCUCAAGAGCCUUUCAGUCACGAAACUGAAGGAUUCGACGAAGAUUCCGAGACUUUCGACUCUUCUGUCACUGGCGCUCUAUCCUCUGUCGAUGGAUCUUCUUCCGUUGCCUCACGCGACCUCUUGCCGACGGCUCCUAUUCACCCCAAGCCUCUUGACACUCCCACCUCCAUGUCUGUGACUUCCUCCCACUCUCAAGAAGAGCCUGCUGUUCCCUCCGUCUCCAAAGCGGCCAAACGACGCCUUCUCAAGAACCCACAGUUGUCCAAAGCUGAGAAGAAGGCGCUCGCCAGGGAAGUUUAUAGAGGCGCCUCCCAGCCCAAGAAACCCAAGCAGCCCAAAGCUCAAAAGUUGGAUGCCUUCUUCAGCUCUGACGAGGACUUUGAUGAGGAACUCCCUUCGGACUGUGAGAAGCUCGUUGGAGAUGUGGCGGACUAUGGGGUGCAGGUACAAAUUCUCAAGGAAAAGGCGCAGCAGCAAGCCAGCAGACAGGUGGAGGAUGCCACUGUUCCAGAGAUCAAAGCUCCCAAUGGGCGUGGAGCCCUUCCAAUGAGCUUGUAUGCCGAGGCCCGAUCCAACCUGCCAGCCAAAAGGUACGAAGUGGAUAGCGACGACGAAUUAGACGAUUCAGCUGUGCAGAGCGAGAAAGAGCCUUCUUCAGAUGCUGUUGAAGGAACCGUUGUCAUCGAACCCCCUGCGCCGUCGGAUUUGGAGCCGAUCCAAGAUGAAGAGGAGGUCAUCGAAAUCAGACGAGCGCCAUACAAGUCGCACAGCCCUUACGACGACUGGUCGGACGAGGAGGAAGAGCCCGCUAUCGACCCUGUCACUCUGUCCGAGUCUGUGGAGAAGGUUGACUUGCUCCCUACCCAGCUGGUGGAAGCUAGUGCCGAGUCGGCCAUCGUCAUCCCGUCUGAUAGCCAAGAGCUCGCCACAACUCCAGUCCACACUUUGCCCGAAGGUGUGCAAUUGCUCUUUGGCGACAAGGUGCGAGAGCCGGAAGACUAUCCUCUCCCACCAUCUCCUGUCUGGGAGGCGAGUGCGUAUGACGGACCGAUCGAAGACUUUGAUGCCAUUCGAGCUCCCAUUCGUGCCGGACAGGCCUCUGUGUCGGAGCAAGACGCUUCUGCCGUGUCACUGGCCAUCUCCGAGGGUCCCUCUGAUAAUUCCUCUCAGACAGGAACGGCAUUGGAGGAUGUGGGGGGUGGCGAUGUCGACGCCGUGGCAGCUGCAUCUGCCAUCUUGGCGAUAAGAGAGUCGCCCGUCGAGUCUCAUGAGACUGAAGAGAUCUCGCGAGACUUUAAUCGAGAAGGUACCCCUGGACUCUCCAGUUCUCUGAUCACUCCAAACACUCCUCUGUCGUCCAAUUCCAGCCAGAACUACUCCGAGGACGAGCAUACUUUCCAAAGAGAGGUUGACGGGCACUCCUCUGAAGACGAUCGCUCAAGGGACCGCUAUAUGUUCAACUUGGCCCCGCCUGAGCUCGAAACCGCGUGGGCUCCGGCGAGGAGCACCGAGGAGUCCUGGGCCGACUUUGAUCAGGAUGAGGCUGAGAUUGCCCGGCGCCUUGCCGAAUUGGAGGCAGAACAGGCUGCUGUGGCUGCCAAGGAGUUUGAUAAUGGUCUUCCCGACUUGGAUCAAGAGGCAUUGAUCGGCAACAUUGAGUUCCAAGUGCCGUCUUUUGAUUUCUCAGAGUCUGAUACCAUGACCGCGUCCGACACGCCUCCUCAGGAGUUGUCUGACAACGAGGUUGAGAACAAGGAGGUCAUUGUGAGCCCGACGGAGCCUACACCAAGCCGUGCUAUACCGGCUACUACCGGGCGGGGCGUUUGGGAUGCCGCCCAUGAAGUCACUCGCAUUGCCAUCGCUGCCAAGGCCGCUGCCCCACCGUUGGAUCUCGCGCCUGUGCGACACCACUCCAACGAGUACGCGGGCCAGUGGACGAACAACCCUCCCAGGUAUCAGAACCAAGCCAGGCGAGAUGGUCCCAAUAGGCACCACUCUACCCGCGGCCAAGGCUCUGAUGUCUAUCGCUCGAGAGGUAGCGGCCAGCAACCUGAAGCAGCCAGGAGAAACUCCCAAGGGGUCAGCGCUCUCGCCAAGAUGCGUACCACCCGUCCUGAAGUACUCAAGGCUCGGUACGAGCUUGAAGACGGACGAGAGGCCGAGCAAGCCAAUAGAGCAAACACAACUAGCGUGCGAAGCUCCAGUUUCGACGCGACGGACGACAAUUCGGGGUGGUUCUCGCAUGAUGGCCGGGGCGAGAAUGUGUAUGACAUGGACAGUGGGUGGAACCUGGACAGGCGAGAGUCCGUAGGAAGGGGAGGAUCGGGGAUCCCCAGGAGUGUGAAACCUUCUAAGGGGAGUGAUGGAAGGCCUUCGUCGCCAAUCAAUACGAAUGAGUGGGGAGCAAUGCUGGAGUUGCAGGAGGACACCGCGGGUUGGUAG